UUCUUGUCUUUCAUCUUCGAUUUUACGAGCCAUCCGACCUCAUACCGGUUCGCAAUGGUGCUGCGUUCGUUGAACAAGCACAAAAUCGUGAAGAAGCGACGCAAGCGCUUCAUUCGUCAUCAAUCGGACAGAUACGACAAACUGAAGCCAAACUGGAGGAAACCGAAGGGAAUCGACAAUCGCGUCCGACGUCGCUUCAAGGGCGUCUAUCUCAUGCCGAGCAUCGGGUACGGCAGCAAUCGCAAGACGAGAGAUCUCGAUCCGGACGGUUUCUACAGAUUUGUCGUCAAUAACGUGAAGGAGCUGGAAGUACUCCUCAUGUCGAACAAGAAGUACAAGGCAGAGAUCGCACACAACGUCUCUUCUCACAAGAGGAAGGCGAUUGCCGAGAGGGCACAACAACUCAAUGUGAAAGUAUCGAACAAACAUGCACGAAUACGCAGCGAGGAAACUGCCUAAGCCUGUUUGGUACAAAUGUGUGUUAUAAAUCAAUAAAGAUCAAAAUCUCUUA